AUGUCUCUACUUUUACUCCCGAUUGUUCUUUGUUUACCAGUAAACGUAACUGAACUUCGCUCCGCUCCUGGCAUAAAUUUUGAACAAGUAGGAACAACAAAAUUGAUAACAUCCCACUGGAAAGUGAUAAUCUAUUACGAUUUAGCUCCAUUUAAUACAGAGCUGGACAUACUAAAGGAUUCAACGUUGAAUCUUUUGAAGCUAUGUGAUCAAAGCAACUUAAACUCAACAUGCAAGUUUGUGGUUCAGCAUUUCCAGCAAGCAGAAAUUGAAUUAAGAACAGCAUUUGAAUUUAUGUCAAGCGCCCGAAAUAAGAGAGGGGCAAUCGAUUUCGUUGGGAAUAUAGCAAGCUCCCUGUUUGGAGUACUCGAUUCCAAUUAUGCAAGUGAUAUGUCGAAGACGAUCAAAAAUCUAGAAGAGAACGAUAAAAAACUCAAACAUCUGCUCAAAAAUCAAAUAUCAAUAAUCGACUCCACAAUUAACGUAAUAAAACAAAAUCAGAUAAGUCUCAAAAAUAACUUCCAGGAUAUAGAAAAUCAAUUAAACACGAUCUCCAAAAGGUUAGUUAAGGACGAACAUGAUCAAUUAUAUGGAAAAAUUAUUAAUAUGCUGACCAUCCAAAUGACAACCGCCACAAUAAAUUUGCAACGUGCGCAAUCCACAAUCAUGUAUGUUCUCAUUGAUAGUCAUCAUGAAAAAAUUAAUCCGCUUCUAAUUACGCCGCAACAGUUAAUAACGGAAGGAGAGAAAAUCCGAGCACAUUUACCGUCUCAUUUACAAUUUCCAGUAGAGCAAAAUGAUAUAUUAACUCUUUAUAAGCUGAUGCAAGUAACUGGGCAGGUAUCAAGUGACCAUGUAAUAUUCAAUAUCAUGAUACCACUCGUUGAACGAAAAAACUUUGAAAUAUUUCAUGUAGUACCUACCAAGGUAUUAACGUCAAUAAAGCCAUCAACAGAAUAUCUGGCUAUCAAUUCUCACAAGGAUAAAUACUUCCCCAUAACAAAAUUAGCACUGCAAUCGUGUAUUACAACUGAAGAGGACUGA